AUGCUGAGAAAAGACAUGGAUGCUGAUGUGAAAUACAUCCAGACAGAUGGAUACCGGGCACCUGAAGCCGAGCUGCAGAACUCCCUGGCCCAGGCAGGUCUGGAGAGCGACUCUGGCUGCACAACUGCUGUGGACCUGUGGAGUCUGGGAAUUAUUCUUCUGGAGAUGUUCUCAGGAAUCAAACUGAAAGAAACUGUGAAGUCUCAGGAAUGGAAGGAUAACAGUUCUGCAGUAGUAGACCAUAUCUUUUCAAGCAAUGCUUUGGUUUACCCGGCUAUCCCUGUUUUUCAUUUGCGGGAUCUGAUCAAAAGUAUGCUUCACAAUGACCCUAAACUAAGAAGCACAGCUGAGUCAGCAUUAAUCAACCCUUUCUUCAGCAUUCCCUUUGCACCUCAUAUUGAAGAUUUGGUUCUUUUGCCUACACCUGUCUUGAGACUACUAAACGUGAUAGACGACAACCACCUGUAUAAUGAGGAUGAUUAUGAAGAUAUAAUAGAGGACAUGAAAGAAGAAUGUCAGAAGUAUGGCACUGUUGUAUCCUUAUUGAUCCCAAAAGAGAAUCCUGGCAAGGGACAGGUGUUUGUGGAGUAUGCAAAUGCUGGAGACUCCAAAGAAGCCCAGAGACUGCUGACAGGCCGAACAUUUGAUGGGUUGACUGGAAUGAGACUCCAUGUCUAACACAAAAGCCCCAAUCUGUCUCAUCCAAAACCUCUCUGGAUAUGUUUAUUGAACAAUAUACAUUUAAGUAUAUAUUGUGUCUGAAAACUCAUCAAAAACAUAUCAAGUGGACUUCUUCGUAAAAUACUCAAGGGUUAAAAUGUGUGGUACUGUAUGUUGUGCAAGGCAAUGUAACUCAUACCUUCAUAGCACAUAUGUGAAGUUUCAUGAGCAAAUAUUCUACUAUGUAUUUUCAUUAAGCUAGACUGCCCUGACACAUUGAUAAAUAAUGCUGUUAUUGUGAGAAUCGCUUACUUUACUAUCUACGAUGCAGUAACACAAAUGAGUUUCAGAAAGGCUUUUACCUAUUGUUAAAGCUGAAAUACUUUCUACAGACACGUUCAAGUCAAUUGUGUCAGCUAUUUGAACGGAUUUUACUAUCUGUACAAUAAUGGUGAGUGAUUUUGAAGUCGUAAUAUUAUUUAAAGGCUUUUCCAGUUGUGAUAGGUAUAGGUAUAUUCCUGGUAUCAUAGUGUUUUCCAGUCAGUUUGUCUGUGAUUGCAUGAAUGGAGUAUUUAAUAGUACUACAGAUCUUUCUGACACUUGAGCAGUUGUUCGUAUCGUCUGAUGGUUUGUCAGUCAUCCAGGUUGAUUGUUUUUCCUUCUACUGUCCAGUGAAUGCCAUAAAGUCAGUUUUCUCUGUCCUGCAGUCCAGAAACUUGAUAUUCACUUCCAGGGCAGUGAGCUCUAAUAUGAUUAGUGUACAAGACAGUGUGAGGAACGAACAGUUGAAGUUUAAACUUAAAACGUCCUUAAAAA